GGCACCUUCAAAAAGCUCACGACCCCUGCCGCUUUAGACAAAUCUGUGAUUGCUUUUCUCCCAUGAACCUUUGUCCUCUCACUGGUCUGUCUCUAUCCCUGAGCUCACCCCCUGCGGAUGAUGUCACAGCACAACAGCUCUGCUGUCCCCAUGGCAACAGCCUCCCAUAGUUAACCAGCCAGGGCAGAUACUAGGCUGCUGACAGAGGUGGGGAGAGGUGAUUCCAGCUAACCUGGGCCAGCGACCCCUAAGACCCCACGUGGACCACCUUAGGACAAAAUUUGAUGGGUGUCUCACUGCCUACCCAAUGAUUUCAAGACAGUCCUUUGGAAGGUGUUUCCUUUUGCCCGACCAACCCUUGCCUCCCUGUAAUGUGUCCUCGGUGGUCUGGCUUGGUCAUCUGGAGACACAGACGGGCCUUGCACACUUUUCUCCAGCUGUCCAGAGCGUCCUGUGCCCUCCUGGCCUUGUAGACUUGCUGUGACUCUCUCGUCGUUUCUGCGGGUGCCCAGGACCCCGCAGCCUCUCCUCCUUGGCUACAGCCACCUUUGCCUGCAAGUAUGUCUGCAAAAUUCACAGAAAUGGAGAGAGACGUGGAGCAAGCCGCCGAGCUGAACCCCUCUUCUGAUGAGGAAGCCUUAGUUCUGAGGCAGAAGCCUGAAUUGAUGCAAGUCCGAGACAAGGGUGACGUCACUCUGCAGCAGUGGAAAACGCGGCAGCUGCAGCGCCUGGCUGAGGAGUUGAAGGCAGAGUGGCAGGAGGCCCGGCUGCAGCAGGUUAGAGACAUGGAACGCCUCUAUUUAGCCCGUCUGUUGGAUGAAGCAACAGGGCGGGCCUCGGGAAACAACUUCAGCUUGGACGAGCACAGCCAAAGAGGAGCAGCAAAACACAUGAGGGCUAAGGAGAGAAACAGAGCAGCCUUCCGAGAGGAGAGGGGCCACCGGGAAGAGCACCCCAGGCAACACCCUAGGUCCCGGAAAAAAGCAGCAUGCUCAGAGAGACGGGGUUCUACCAAAGCCCGGGUCCCAAACCCCUGUGAGAAGGGUAAAGGGAAACGGGUGUCUUCGAGUAAGAGCAGUGGUGGCUACCAGCCCUUGGGCCCUCGGGUGAGCAGAAGGGCAGACCUGGCAAAGCUCAACCCACUUUUGAGUGGGCCUGGGGAAACUGAGUGCGUGGAGGAAGUACCCCAGGAGGGGAGGCGGCCGAUGAAAAGGGGGUCUUCACGCUUUACUCAGAACGUGAAUCACAACUCUACAGAUGAGAGUCUGCAGGACAAAACAGCUAACUUAGAAAAACCCUUGCCCCUCAGCUCCACCUUCAGACAGGAGGCCACAACCCAGGGGGCGAGCAGGUACAGCGAUAAGAAUCAGUGGCACAAAGAGCUUGAGUCUGCCUUCGAGGAAUUGUUUAACACCAAUCGGAAGCUGAAGAGACAUCUGAAUUUGCACCUGGGACAGAGGCUCAAUAUAGACCAGGAUCCAGAUGAGCAGCAGAGCUGCUCAGAAAUUCAGGGUGAGAGCAGCGACAUCCAGAGAGGGGAGAGUGCAGAGGAGGCAGAAACGACUGCUGAGGGGUGUGGAAGCCCAUCAGACAUGGAGGCCCCUGAAAUGUGGUCCAAGACCAAUUUGAAACAGUUGCUAAGUGAGGCCGAGUACCCCAGGUACCAGCCCAUGGCAAAGCACGUAUUAAAGCCUGAAAGCCUGACACCUGUUCCCGAGGCAGGAACAUCUAGCGAACAAGAUGACUCAUUCUCAGAGAGCCCAGAGUCAGGAUGGCUCAAGUCAGCCACAGCAGAGGAAGAAAGCCUUAAGCCUUACCUGCAGAAACAGGACAGCUCUAUAGCAAGCUGGUUGGCUAUGAGGCAAAAGCAGAAGGCAGAGUUGGAGCACAGAAGGCAAAAGACAUUGUUGGAGCUGACAGAACACCCCAACAUGAGCUUGGAAAUCCAUUACAAGGCUGAACUAGAGGAAGAACGCAGGGAACGCAGAAGGAUGCGUUUGGCUCUCCUCAAGUCUUAUUCCACUGGGAUCCCGGCCCCAGUCUCUGACAAAAACACUUCCCUGGACAAUGGCCUUCUCGACGAGGACAAACAGAGCCAGAUGAUCCGUGACCUCCAGCAGCAGAUUUUAGAGCAAAACAAAUUACACAAGCAGUUUUUGGAAAAAGCCAGGAAACGCUUGCAAGAGUUUCAAAAGACAUUUUAAAGGCAGACCCACCCGAGAUAAAUACAUCCCUGAUGGCCGCUUUGCCUGCACCAUG